AUGAUACGCUUCCUUAUCGGGGUAGACAAUGGAUUCACUGAAGACUUUGAUUCGCACGCAAAGUAUGACACCAUCGAUGACGUGAUAAGAGACGCCCGGAUACUAGUGAAGACAUUUAUGGUUCAAAACUCAGUUCCCGGAGCUGUCGUAGGGUUCAGUAUAAACGGCACGACUGUAUGGACGGAAGGCUUCGGUUAUACGGAUAUCGAGAAUAAUGUCUCAACACAUAAGGACUCCGUUUGGCGUUUGGCAUCAAUUAGCAAAUCAUUGACUUCAGCACUGGUCGGGCAGCUCAUGGAUCGCCAUCUCAUUGAUCUGAACGCAGAGAUCCAUAAAUAUCUGUCACAAGAUUUCUAUCCGUUUAAGACAUUCAACGGAUCGGCGGUUAAUAUAACCGUUCGGGAAGUCAUGUCUCAUACGGCGGGUCUCCGGGUGAGUGUAUUUCCCGACGAUUUUGACAAAUACCUGAUCAGACGUGCGGAUAAUGUGAGCCAAACCAUCAAACCAUUCAAAGAUGUCGACUUACUGUCCAAACCGGGCACUGCUUUUAAUUACUCCAACUAUGGCUACCAAAUGGUCGGCGCCAUCAUUGAGUCCAUACUUCACAACACAUAUGAGAAUGAAAUGCGGAAAAUGUUUUCCAAACUACACAUGUAUUCAACAUUUGCUGAGAGACGGGAAGCCAUUUACAAACACAGACCACAAUACUAUCAGUUGUCUAACGAAACAUCCGGGACAUUGCAAAAGUGUGAACUGCUGGAUGAGUUGGUGUCGUACGAGGGUAACUGGCCAUCAGGGGGUCUCAUAUCCACCGCUGCAGAUAUGGUAAACUUCGGGAACGUUAUGAUAGCCGCGUAUAAGGGAAUACUACCGCAUUGUGAAUACACUUGA